AUUACGGCAGGCGUGUGUGUAGAGACAGCUCCGAUAUUGCUCCGAUCGCGGUGCUUCCUAGAUUGCCCUUGCAGCAGGCAGGUCAGUAGCCGCCUUAACACGUAACACGGCAUUCUGGUUCGAAGUUCAGAGGAAGUAAGUCGUGAGCAAUAAAGCGCCGAAGUAUUUGUAAUAGUAGUUAAUAAUUAAUAUCUAAUUAUUGGGAAACUGAAACUCAUACUUCGAAAACUUUUUACAAUUUUUAUAGAUAAGACAUAUAAUAAUGACUACAUCCAACAAGAGCUUCCCUUUCGAAAUUCGAGAUAUCGAACCUGAACAAGUUGAAAAAUUGAAGCAAUCUUAUCAAAAAAAUACGAAACUAUGUACUACGCGUUUUGGACCCAAAGGUUACCUCUUCACUAGAAAGUUUGAGAGCGUUGGUAAAAAUAUAUACAACAUGGAAAUUAGACCGAGUGAUACCUUUGUUGUAACUUUACCUAGAUCAGGUACGUAUAUGUUAUAUACUGUUAAAUUUUACGGUCUUUAAUAUGUUAUGUGUUAAUUUGAAUAUUGUUUUAGAACAUUCAAUAUUUUAUUAUUUACAUAAUUUUCUUUCCAUCGAUUUCAUUCUUGAACCUUUUUUUAGCCUAACAUAGUCCUUUUCAAGAAUGUGCCAUCAGGAGUACAUUAAUAGAAUGGAACAUACACAUUAAACUGGGUAGUAACACGGUUUUGUAAACAUUGUUGAAAUCUUUUUAAUUUCACUAGUCUUAAGAAUUUGUUUUUAAGUUUUGUAUGGAGAUAUGAUCAAUCUGUCGACAUUAUUAAGGUGAACAGGUUUGGCCCAAAUACUACUUUGGGGCACCUCAAAACGAGUUAUUUUUUCUUCAGAGGUAGUGACCUUAUUGAUUUUUAAACAUUGGCACCAAUUUUUUAAAUAGUUCGCAAACACUUUAAACUUUUACUGGAAUAUCUAUGUUCUCUAGCAUAUUUAAUAGGAUGACUGCCUCGUUGGUCUAGUGGUUGUAGUAGUACGACUGCUGAUCAUGAUGUCCCGGGUUCGAAUCCCGGGUCGGGCCAAAAAAUCAGUUAUUAAGUUUUUCCGUCAAGAAAUUCUCAGUAGCUGCCCAGAGUCAGGAAGUUGGCCGUGUUUCACCCCCGUGCCUCGGAAAGCACGUUAAUCCGUUGGUCCUGCGCCUGAUCUCUCUUCGGUCGUGUCGGUUUACCGUCCCAUCGGGCUAUGAGAGUGAGGGAAUAGAGAGUGCACCUGUGUUUGUGCAUACACUUGGGCACUAUAAUCCUGUCCUGCGCCGAUGGCUAGUCUCAGUGACCGAAAUUCGGUCUGGAGGACAUUAUUAUUAUGGGGUAUUUGUAUAGUUUUCUCAUCUAGUUGGGCUGUAUAAAUAUAUAUAAUAAUAAUAAUUAUUAUUAUGGGGUAUUUGUAUAGUUUUCUCAUCUGGUUGGGCUGUAUAAAUAUAUAAUUGUAAAUGAAAAUGAUAAACUUACAUAAAUAUCAAUAAAAUAAAAUAAAUACAUAAAAAUUACAUAAAUAUAUAAAAACCCAACCAGAUGGAAGCCCUCGGCAGGGGAGACCAAACGGCCGAGGGUUUAGGGGGAAAGGGAAAGAAACCGGCGGACGAUGCGGGCGGUAUCGAGGAGCACCGCCUUCUGCAUUUGAGCUUGGAGCGAUCCGUCACGGAGUCCCAGUCGCCUCAGAUGAUCCGAGAGGCUGACUGGGAUGAACCCGUUCGCAGAGACGACCAAAGGAAUAAUUUCGGCCGGCAGACCACCCCACAUGUCGGUCACCUCGUGAGGCAGGUCCAGAUAUUUUGUCUACUUAUCUGUUUCGGCUUUCACGAGGUUCUCGUCAUAAGGAAUGGUAAUAUCGACCAAAAAUAUCUUUGACUGUGCCCGGUCCAUCAGCACAAUAUCAGGCUUAUUCGCAAGAAUAGUCCUGUCCGUGAUGAUGGCCCGGUCCCAGUAGAGCCUGGCGCGGCCAUUUUCGAGCACGGCUUGCGGCAUAUACUUAUAAUAAGGCAGUUUCCGAUCCACGAGACCGUAUUUCAGAGCGAGCUCCUGGUGUAGAAUCCUGGCUACUAGGUUGUGUCUGUGCAAAUACUCAGAGUUAGAAAGCGCCGAACAACCGGAGAUGACAUGCCUAAGUGACUCACCGGGAUGGCGACAAGCUCGACAGAUGUCGACGGCGCCAUCCUUUAGGAUGUAUUUCCGAUAAUUGUUGGUCUUAAUAACCUGAUCCUGUAUCGCACAGACAAAACCCUCGGUUUCCCCAAAGAGGUCACCGAAACGUAGCCAGUGGAGGGAGGCGACUGUGUCUACGCAAGGCUCAUGUAGAGCCUUGUAGAACCUCCCGUGGAGCUCCUUCUCCUUCCAUACGGUCUCCCGGUCGGAAAUGCUCUGUACUGCCGGGUCUUGCCAUUGCUCGUUGGCUAAGGAUAGAGGGGUAAGUCCUUUAUCACAAGAAAUAACGUCCCUAUAGAAUGGAUCAUCCGCUCUCGUCAGAAAGUAAUUACGGAGGCUGCACACUUCGCGAUUAUGCAUGGUAAGCGCGCUUAAAAAGCCGCGCCCACCAUGCUUCCGCGGCAAGUACAGCCUCAUUACUGACGAUCUCGGAUGAUACAUCCUGUGGGACGUCAUUAUAGUGCGGACUUUCUGUCCAGAGCGUUUAGUUCGUUCUGAGUCCACCUGAGCAUGCCAAAGGUAUACAUGAUAACAGGCAUGAUCCAACCGUUAUAUGCAUGUGUCUUAUUAACGCCCGACAAAAGACUGUUAAGCACUUUUGUCAAGCGUGCAUAAAACACACCGCAAACUGACUGUUUCAUGUCCGCCUCAUCGAUACCUAUGUUCUGUGACAUACCCAGGUAUCGGUAUGUUUCAGCCUCGGAUAGGGUCUUUAUGUUGAUGGGCAUAGAUAAAUCUAUGCCCUCAGAGUUAGCAACUCUACCCCUUUCGACAUGGAGGACCGCACACUUAUCCGUCCCCAGCUCCAUUCUAAUAGAAUUGCUAAAAUCACAAGUGAUGUUUAGCAACUCCAUAAGAUGAGAGCGACUGGAGGCGAAUAACUUGAGAUCAUCCAUAUAGAAAAGGUGGGUCACUUUUGUACCUUCUCUCCGAAGCUGAAAUCCCCUCCCGGAACCCUCCAGUAAGGUACUAAGAGGGUUCAGAGAGAGGCAGAACCAGAUUGGACUCAAACAAUCGCCCUGGAAGAUAACUAUUAUUAUUAUGGGGUAUUUGUAUGAGUUUUCUCAUCUGGUUGGGCUGUAUAAAUAUAUAAUAGUAAAUGAAAAUGAUAAACUUACACAAAUAUC